UGUCCAUCACGCUCUUAAUCUGAUGGAUAAUUGGAGCAUACAUGUGGUCUAAAUCAAGGCGUCCCCCAACAUCGUAACAAUAACAUGGCUCAAAGUCAAAUGUUAAUGAAAUGAACCAUUUUGAGUCUAUUCCAAUUGGUUUGUGAAAUUUAUGAAUUUUGAGUCCAUUUGGUCUUGGUGAAAUUUGUGAAUUGUUCCAUUUUUGAAUCCAUUCCAAUUGUGUGGCUGAGGUAUGUAAUUCAAUUCACUAGUUAUAAAAUGACCCGCUUUAUAGAAUCAAACAAUUGAACAAACUAAAACAUUUUUAUUAUUAUUGAUUCAUCCAGCCCACCAUAACCAAUAAGUUCAAUUUUUAACGAGGGAAAAAAGGACUGAAUCACAUUUGUCGCAUUCAGACAUUUUCUGCCACCAAAGCCAGCUGCUCGUUUCUCAAGAAGGUAACGGAGUUUGGGCAAAUCAAAUCGUGCAAGAAACCCACUCCAGCCAAUAGAGAUGGGCAUAUUUCACUUGAUACAAAAUUACAAAGACCUUUUAUCUAGUCACCUUAUUAAAAAAUAAGGUUGUCAAGCCGCGGGUUGAUUCGGACACGGUCGAGCUAGUGGGUCAAGGGUCGGAUCACUCAUUUUUGUCCGGAAAUAUGAAAGAGUCAUUAUAUUGUACUUAUUCUGAUAAAUUGUAUCAAAUCUCAUUUAACAUAUGAGUAAUAACAUAUAAUAUUACACCAAAAUAACAUGUCAUACUUAGAUCCAACAUAUAGUGAAAAUUCAUACACACUUAUAUAACAUCAAUGUUCAAAUGUUCAACUAAUGAUUCCAUAGAUUGAGUUAGGCGAAAAGAAAAAUCGGAAAAUAGACGCAUUUCGCAAACCAAAGAAAAAAAAAAUGUCACAAUUUGACCUCCAACCCGAUACCUUAUAACGAUCGACCGACAAGUGCAUGCAACCCAUUUUUCUCACCGAAUCAGGAUCAAAGUGGGUCGACAGCUGACAACCUUAUUAAAAAACAAUAAGAACAUCCUCUCAUCCAUCUGUCUGUCGCGUGGAAGAAUUAUGAAACUAUAUAUAUAUAUAUCAUAUGUCAGAAAUGAGAAAACAAAACACCCACUAAUUAUGCAUGUACUUUGAUUACAUAUAUAUACGGCAGGUGGCAGACGAAUUGCCGUCAGUGGCCAGCUGAUUCGAAUCUGUAUUUUACAGGAAAGCAAUGAACGAACGAACGAACGAACAAACAAUCGCAUGUUCUGAAUUGUUAUUUUAUUAUAUCAAUAGGCAAUAGUGCGCAUAUCAAAUGCCAAAGCCUGGAUUCUUAUUUAACUCCUUAGGGUUUCCUUUGUUGUUGGAUGGAAGAACUAUAUAUGGAAAGUAUUAGCUUUUGAUUGAUUUAAAACUGGCAUAUGGGGUUCUGGAGUUCAUAAUUUGAAGGAGGAUAUGCAAUGGGGUUGAGCUUCUUCAACCAUUCAUUCUUUGAGUUUCCUUAAUGAAUAUACGAAGGACUACGAUGUCGAGGGCAUCGACACUAAUAAGUUUAGCACGAAGGAUCUGUCAAUACCAAAAGAAUUAGAGGUGGCUGACAUGAUGAUGGCGUACGACUCAAAAUUCGUGGUUCAAUGACUAGAAGUCAAAUCAAACAGGUUUGGAGAUCACGUCUGAGUUUUUAUUUUUAUUUGGCAUGUUACUUUGACGAUGUUGAAUCGAUUCAUUGUGAUGGACGGUUUGUGUACUUAAUUGGACUUUGUGAUAAUCGUGGUCCGCCCUAGAAAGAGUCGAAGUCCAAAACAGAAAACACUCUCCACGACCCAAAUUUCCUAUAAGGUUUUGGUUGAGGUCCACGCUCUCUGUAAAAUGGUUGGUCUUUACCUACGAAUUUAUGCGACUUUGAAAAAUGGAAACCUCACGCAACAAAAUUCAAUUGAUUCUUCAUUCUUCUUUGAGUGUUGAUUGGCAUAGGGUUAGAAACAAUGUUAUUGAUAGGUUGAUCAUUUUUGUUGUGGUUCACUUCAUUAUAUGUGCUUGGUGCUCUAAUCAAUUGAGUAAUUCAGAUUAAACACCUGACGAUUUGUGUACUUAAUUGGACUUUGUGAUGAUCGUGGUCCGCUUUAGAAAGAGUCGAAGUCCAAAACAGAAAACACUCUACACGACCCAAAUUUCCUAUAAGGUUUUGGUUGAGGUCCGCCCUCUCUAUAAAAUGGUUGGUCUUUACCUACGAAUUUAUGCGGCUUUGAAAAAUGGAAACCUCAUGCAAUCAAAUUCAAUUGAUUCUUCAUUCUUCUUUGAGUGUUGAUUGGCAUAGGGUUAGAAACAAUGUUAUUGAUAGGUUGAUCAUUUUUGUUGUGGUUCACUUCAUUAUAUGUGCUUGGUGCUCUAAUCAAUUGAGUAAUUCAGAUUAAACACCUAACGAUUUGUGUACUUAAUUGGACUUUGUGAUGAUCGUGGUCCGCUUUAGAAAGAGUCGAAGUCCAAAACAGAAAACACUCUACACGACCCAAAUUUCCUAUAAGGUUUUGGUUGAGGUCCGCCCUCUCUAUAAAAUGGUUGGUCUUUACCUACGAAUUUAUGCGGCUUUGAAAAAUGGAAACCUCAUGCAAUCAAAUUCAAUUGAUUCUUCAUUCUUCUUUGAGUGUUGAUUGGCAUAGGGUUAGAAACAAUGUUAUUGAUAGGUUGAUCAUUUUUGUUGUGGUUCACUUCAUUAUAUGUGCUUGGUGCUCUAAUCAAUUGAGUUAUUCAGAUUAAACAGAUAAGGCUGUAUUUUCAUCAAUUUGAUCUGAAGAGUCAAUCGGGAUCCAAACCGUUUCACCCUACCCUAGUUAAAAAAAAAAGUAGAAGAGAAGCUAACCCCAGAUUUGGUUAGGCCUGACCCAAGAGAAAGGUUAAAACUAACCGUGGUCGAGUUAAUAGCCAUGGGGAAGCAAAUUAUGAAACCCAACCCAAGAGUUAAAAAUCUAACCAUAGUUGAGAUUCUUUCACCCAUAGAAGAGAGAGAUAGAGAGGAGGAUGAGAAAAAAAAAAGUUGUCCAUGUGGUUGGGUUAAUGCUUAGGUUAAAUACUUAACCAAACCCACACCUGCUUUUUUUCUCCUCCAAUUUGUUAAAUAUUAAUUAGAUUUUUAAUUUCAUAGUUGGUGGGCUCUCAAAGAAGUUUUUUUUGAGCCUGAAACUAGAGAGAGAAAGGAAGAAAGGGAGAGAGAGAGAGAGAGGGGAGAAGGAGAGAAAUUCCUCUUCCAGGUCAGUUGGUUGAUGGGGUUUGGACAAAAGAGAUGAGUCGUUGCCCGCUAUAUCCUACUGAUUGCAACUGGUCUCUUCAGAUUCAAAAUUUUUUUCCCCCAAUCAUUUGGGAGAAUGCCGCUUUUGCCUUAAAUAGGUAUGAACUGUUCAUCUCCCGCAACUCGGUCCUGGUUUUUUUUUUUUUUUCCAGAUUCCUCUAACUCCCUUUGUUUCUUCGCGGGAAGCACUGUUUGGUAUCUGGCUCGCCAUUGUCGAUUUCGGGAGUCCGUUUUCGUGUUUCCAGAAUUCUAGGGUUUUAUGCCGCCAAGCGAAUUCUUUUUGCUGGCGGGUAUGAAUGUAGUGCAACUUGGGCCCAUUCUACUUGUUUACGUGCUGCAGAUCUACGGCCGUGUCGCUGUGUUUUGGAUUGUCUGCGAAUGGAUGUUGUGUAAUGAGCUUUCGAUGUGGAGCUUUGCUGGAACGUAAUUGGGAUUCUGUUUGUUGCUUUCGGUGGAGGCAACUGGAAGUUGGCAGGCAUUUUGAAUCUGGUUUUGGUUCCUAUGCGUUGUGCGCGUUAGUGUAGAUUAAUGGCUACCAUGAGGUGUUAUGCGACCUAUGUUUCCCUGUGUGUUACUUGGAAUUGGACCUGUUUAGAGAAAAUAGGAUUUGGAUUGCCCAUGCCCGGCUCUUAACCCCCAACUGAUCAUUAAACUGAAAAUCUAUCUUUCAAGUUUUCUUUCUACUAGUUGAAGUUCUGACCUCUUUUUUCAAGCAUUGUUCUUAUUUGGUACUUUGUUGGGUCUUCAUUGGUGAUGUAUGAUUCAGAAGUAGAACAUUUUUACAUUACUAUGUGAUGGGCACUUUUCAGAUAGGUAAUGUCAACUUCAAAUAUCAAACUAUAAAUAUGUGUUGAACACAAGUUACAAGCAUUUCCACAGCAAUUAUGUUGGCAUUGCUCUGUACUACUAGCCUAUCAUGCAGCAUAGGAUUCCUUUGCAUCGAGCAGCAGUCUGAGUAGCAAAAUGAAUAACUUUUCGUAUUUGUGUGUGAUGACCCCGCUUUUGUACUACAAGAACUCACUAGCAUAAGCUGUAGCUAUAGUAGAUCACAUUUCUUGUUUGAAUUGCAGAGAAUAUGACCACAGUUAAUAGCAGAAAGACCUUGAAACACUUAUGUGUUUAUAUUGAAAGUUAGGCUUUAAGUAUAGUUUGCUAUUUCAAUUAGGCUUGUCCUCUAGAAAGCUGCUGUCAAUUAGGCUAGUUGGGAUAUUGUUAUGCUAGUCUGACAGAAUUUCCAAUGCAUUGCACUUACAGAACAGACUAAAACCCCUAAAGGCAUUGUGAAUGAUUAGACUACUGACUUAUGCCUAACUUGGCAGUUGUCAGUACUAUAGAUCUAAUACCUGUUCCUUAUGAGAUUCUACUGAUCCUUGUUUUUUUUGGGUUGUCUUCUUCUUGCAGUAAGCUGCUAAUCUGGUAAUUUUAUUUGAAGAUUCAACUAGUGAGGCCCUGCUAGGAAUGUUUGGUUGAACUUUCAGUUUACUUCCAAGCAGGCAAGAGAGGGAGAAUUUUUCUCUUUUGGGAUUCAUUCGGGUAUUAUGGAGUGCAACAAAGAUGAAGCACUCAGGGCUAAAGAAAUCGCCGAGAGGAAGUUCAAUUCGAAGGACUAUCUCGCUGCCAAAAAGUUUGUCAUGAAGGCUCAAAACUUAUAUCCCGGUCUGGAAGGCCUGCCUCAAAUGCUGACAACACUCGAAGUCUAUAUAUCUGCUCAGAAUAAAAUAAGCGACGGUGAAGUCGAUUGGUACAACGUGCUCGGUGUUAGCCCCUUGGCUGAUGAUGAUACCGUGAGGAAGCAGUAUCGGAAGCUAGCUCUGGCCCUCCACCCGGACAAAAACAAAUCCCUUGGUUCUGACGGGGCAUUCAAGCUAGUCUCAGAAGCCUGGAGUUUGCUCUCAGAUAGAGACAAGAGAGUAGCAUACAACAAGAAGUUGAAUCCAACUGCAUUCUACCACAGAGACCCUAAUAAUCAGAGCAAAGUCCCCUUGUCCCAACCUAGUGCAAAUGGCUUUCAUACUUCCACCACUUCUUCCACAAAGACUCAGGGCAGGCAUUCCUCUACUCCUCCUUCCUUGAAAAAACAGAACACAUUUGCAGGAACUGCGGCUGAUCUCUCUUCCCAGAAAAAGUUGGAAACUUUCUGGACUAUUUGUAACCAAUGCAAGACACAGUAUGAGUACCUCAGGAUUUAUCUUAAUCACACACUGCUCUGCCCAAAUUGUCAGCAGGCCUUUCUUGCCGAUGAGAGAGCUCCACCUCCAAACAUUAUGAAGCCUCCACCGAAUCAAUCUCAUCGUCAGAAGCAUCGUCAAAAUUCUAAGCAUAAUAAUGCAGCAAGUAACAACAAUGAUGCUUCUAGUGGUGGAAAGAGCUAUGGCGCAGCUCAAAGACCGGGAGGAGAGAGUUAUGGAAUCGGAGGUUAUGUAAAUGGUUCUCGUGGGGCAUUCACACAGCCAUCAACCACCAGUCAAACUGUUGCUCCAACUGCAAAUACUGUUCAGUUUGAUAGGAACCAUAUUCAUAAGAGGGCGGCUGGUACCACUGCUCCCGAAGAUGAUCCAUUGCUGAAAAAGAGGCGAGGAGAUGCUACUUACAACAUGAUUUUCUCCGGCAAAGAAAAGGCAGUAACUGGAGGUGUGUUCGAACUUAAGAAGGUCCCUGUCGAAGCUGACAAGACCUAUAGAUUUACUGACUUUCCUGGGUUUAGUAGUGCACGAAGAGAGUUAAAUCCUCUGGAGCUUCGGAACAUGUUGGCAGGAAAAGCCCGUUUGGCAAUUAGCAAAGCAUUGGAACAAUGGAGCUCAAAAGAAGUGAAAGUAAUAAGCAGCAGCAAGAAGCAGAAAAUCAAUGGAACCAAUAUUGUUAACAACACUCAUAAUAACGACCAUGCUACUAGCAUUCCUUCAAAUUCAGGAAAACAGGGGAAGGAUUCAGUCCGUGAGGUUUCUCCCGAUAAAGGUAAUGAAGCAGCAGCCCUUCAGCCAGUGUCGAUUACUGUCCCAGAUUCUGACUUUCACAACUUCGAUUUGGACCGAACCGAGACUUCCUUCGGAGAUGACCAAGUAUGGGCUGCUUAUGAUGAGAAUGAUGGGAUGCCUCGUUACUACGCACGAAUCUUCAAGUUGAUAUCGGCGAAUCCUUUUAAGUUGAAGAUCAGCUGGCUCAAUUCGAGAACCAACAGCGAGUUUGGUUCUUUGCAGUGGGUCGGUUCGGGAUUCCUGAAAACAUGCGGUGAUUUCAGGACUGGGAGACACGAGAUCAGUGAAACUCUGAAUGCUUUCUCCCACAGGGUGAAAUUUACGAAGGGAGCUCGUGGGGUCACCCGAAUACUCCCUAUGAAAGGCGAGAUAUGGGCUCUCUACAGAAACUGGUCCUCGGAAUGGGAUCAGAGUACCCCGGAGGAGGUAAUGCACAAGUAUGACAUGGUGGAAGUGGUAGAUGAUUAUGAUGAGGAGCAAGGCAUAUCGAUCAUUCCUCUAGUGAAAGUCGAUGGGUUCAAAACUGUUUUUGCCAAGCCGACGGAUUCUUCUGAAGUCAGUAGGAGGAUUCCGAGAGAAGAAAUGUUUCGGUUCUCACAUCAGGUCCCACAUCAUCUGCUCACAGGAGAAGAAGCCGAGAACUCUCCCAAGGGUUGUUACGAGCUGGAUCCUGCAGCUACACCGUUAGAGCUUCUUACUACGGUGGGUGAAAAGGCUGAAACUACCUCUGGCCAGAUCAAUUGCGUCAUGCAAGCAGCAGCAGAGGGAGGUACGAAGGUGGGUACUUAGGUAGCAGAAGGAGGCAGCUAGUUGGGAUAGAUGAUCAUUUUGGAUUCACCAAAGGGCAGGGGACAGUUGAAGGAAGAUACAGGGGGCAGGAGAAUUAUAGGCCAUGUUUUUUUUGUUUUUGAUUUUUUGUAAAGCUGAUCCAUGAAGGAAAUAUUGUAGAUGCUUUCUUCAACUUGUGCCAUUACAAGGACUGCUACUAGUUCUAUUACUACCCGGGAUCGAAGAAAGAGAUCCUGAGUUUUGUUCUGUUUAAUUGUGGCUGCAUAGUCUGGGACGGUCUGUAGGGAAACAGAACCAUUCAUUUAGCAGUAGCCUAGAAGAUUACCAGCAGGUGGUUUUAAUUUUACACCUUUUCUGUUCUGUGUUAAUGAUCUUUUGGAAAUUGCUCUAGUCUGUUCUCUGUUGUGAUUUGGGGUUUCUCAGAUGUCUGAACUUUGUGGAAGAGACAUUCAUUUUGAUUGCUAUAGCUGAAUUAGCACAUUGAUCUUCAUUUUGUUCAUCUUCUCUUAUUUGAUAAUCAGCUACAUCUAACUAAUCGCUACUCGCUAAAAAGUUGGGCCUGAGCCUGACUUUUUGGGUUGGGCCUUUCUUCCUAAAGAAAACUUCCUACCGAGC